GGCGCGCAAAAGGUAGAAGGGGGAUGUGAUGAUGACGAAUGAAUGGCUAGAAAAGCGAAGGGAGAGAGAGCGGGUGGGGAUACGCGCGAGAGCUUGAAACGGGAUAGGUGCGUUUACGUCUGACGUCUAUUUUGUGAUUGGCCACGUGCUCCAAUAGCGACAUUUAUUAAAAUGGCGCGUGUUCAAUUUUUAAUCUGUGGAACUUUCUCUUUAUCUUUUUAACCUCAUCGAAAUAGAAAACGGAUUUCAAUUUAUCACUAUUUUGAUGUAAAGAAAAACUUUAAUAUAAUGAUAUAAAAAUAUACGAUCUAAUUAGAAUACUUUGAUAUUUUUAUAACGAAGCCAAAAAUUAGAUCAUACUUUCUUUACUUUGUCAUUGGUCGCUGCUUCGUUCGAUCGACCAAUCGGUGACGUGUGCGCGAACGAUGCUAGCGACUCUAGCGGAAUAUUGGGACAAGUCCGUCACAGUCUGCUGACAGAGCUCGUACCACGCUCGUCAAGAGGAAAAAUCAAAACAAUGAACAUGGCGGAGCCGAGCAACGAGGCUGCCUCCUCGAGCAGCGUUUCAGAGCAGGCCGCGUCGGUUGCACCGAUGCGAGACGAGCUUGAAAAGGUCGAGGAUUUCCUCGAGCCCGACAAGAAGCGUCGUAAGCAGGUGCGCGGCGAUGGGAAAACCGAGCAGAAGUUGGAGCACCGAUUGGGCGGCAUCCUCUGCUGCGCAGUUUGUCUUGAUCUGCCCAGGGCGGCCGUCUAUCAGGUUGUAAAACAUCAAAAUCAUGGUAAUAUACAUGACUGUAGUCUUAUUUUAUUUUGA